GCGCUGGGCCCGGGCCCGGGCCCGGGCAGGCGCCAGCGAGGACUCUGAGCGGGGCCUGACCCCGGGGGCGCGGGGCCGCUCCAGCCGGGGAAGGGUCAGCGCCCGUCGUGGGGGACAGAUCCGGGGCCCGACCGUCCCCUCGAGCUCUGCCUCCUGGGCUGAGCCCGCCCCCUUCUCCCCCGCCGGGGCCCUGGCUCCUGGGCCCGAGUCUGGUUCCCAGGACUGAUCUUCGCUUCUUUGCUCGCUUCCGUCCCAGCGGGGGCCCUGGCGCCGGGGUCUGAGCCCCUCUCCCUUGCCCUGCUGUCUCCCGAGCUGGGGCAGAGCCCGCUUCUCUUGCUGCCCCCAGCUGUGGAGGCUCCGUAUCCAGCACCUGAGCUUUGCUGAUGCUCCCCCAGCCUGUCACUAUCUGUGUAGAGCCCUCGGCAGCUGCUGGAAACGUCUGCAUGAGUCAGACUUAUCAGAGUCUGAUUGUUUCAGUACCUAUCCCGGGGGGAGGGGGGCUCACUGACUGCCCAGGCCCCGCUUCAAAUAGGGGGUGUCUCACCAGGGCGUCUGCAGCUCACCUUUGAACAACUCGGUUCAGGACUCCAGUGCCUGUUUGACACUUGACUCUGUUUGUGUCAGCUUGAGUGCCCACAUGUGGGAUUUGGCCGACUCCUUAUGUGGAGCCUUUUCUUGUAUAGUAAUUAAUCAGAGUAGCCUAGGUCUAGCCUGUGCAGCCUUUUUCUCUUGGGACUCUUUGGAAACCUCAGCAGAGGAUACGUGCUUAGUGUGCGGUUCUGUAACAGACAAUCUAAGCCUCCCCUAAAACAGCCUUGAGUGCUUCUGCUAUUGCAUUGCAAGGUUCAGUGUAUCUUUGCCUGCCUACAUCAAUCUGCAAGGGAGUUGCAGAAAAGCCUCAUGUUCAUCGAGCCGUGAGUCACAACCAAUUUUUAAAGCUGUUAUAACAAAAAAAGUGUUUGCUUUUUUUCACAAGUAAUUUUAAGAGUGUAGCUUAGAAAGAAAGAAAGAAAGAGAGAGAAAAAACAUUUUCAAUAGACACUACAUUAAUCCUGGAUGCUUUGCAAAUCCUAAACUAUAUUCAUACUUUAGUAUUACACAUACCUGUGUCAUAUACACAGAUUAGCUAUAAAAUUGUCACAUACCAUUGCCACUUUGCCUUUACUUUUAUGUAUCAUUCCCCUGACUUCCUUACUGCAGGUAUGGGCAAGAAAACUUUUCCUUUAAAACUUUUCAACAGUGGGCAUAAAAUUCUGCAGCUGAGGUCUUGAAGAAUGCAGAAGGGAGAUGAAACCAGGCAAAGGGUGAAGUUUACAGAUGAUCGUGUCUGCAAGAGCCAUCUCCUGGACUGCUGCCCUCAUGAUAUCCUGGCAGGAACACGUAUGGACCUGGGAGAAUGUACAAAGAUCCAUGACUUGGCACUGAGAGCAGAUUAUGAGAUUGCAAGUAAAGAGAGGGACCUAUUUUUUGAGCUGGAUGCUAUGGAUCACCUGGAGUCCUUUAUCGCAGAGUGUGACCGGAGAACUGAGCUGGCUAAGAAACGCCUGGCUGAAACUCAGGAGGAGAUCAGUGCUGAAGUGUCUGCAAAGGCAGAAAAAGUUCAUGAGCUGAAUGAAGACAUAGGAAAACUGCUGGCUAAAGCUGAGCAGCUGGGAGCUGAAGGAAAUGUGGAUGAAUCCCAAAAGAUCCUGAUGGAAGUGGAGAAGGUCCGAGCAAAGAAGAAAGAAGCAGAGGAAGAAUACCGCAAUUCCAUGCCCGCAUCCAGUUUCCAGCAGCAGAAGCUGCGUGUCUGUGAGGUGUGCUCUGCGUACCUUGGUCUCCAUGACAAUGACCGGCGUCUCGCUGAUCACUUUGGAGGCAAAUUACACUUGGGCUUCAUUCAGAUCCGUGAAAAACUGGACCAGUUAAGGAAAAUGGUGGCAGAAAAACAGGAGAAAAGAAACCAAGAUCGUCUGAGGCGGAGAGAAGAGAGAGAAAGAGAGGAGAGAAUGGGCAGACGGUCUGGCUCCAAAAAUAGAGAUCGCAGAAGAUCACGAUCUCGGGACAGGAGACGAAGGCGCUCAAGAUCUGCUUCCCGUGAGAAACGAAAGUCCCGCUCCAGGUCCCGAGAGCGAGACAGACACAGACGCCAUCGGAGCCGCUCACGCAGCCAUAGCAGAGGUCACCGCCGUGGUUCCAGAGACAGGAGUUCAAAACACAAAUCCUCUAGAGACCGAUCUUCAAGAGAAAAGUCACGAGACAGAGAGAGGAAAGAGAAGAGCUCUUCUGAAAGACGGCAUGAGAGCACAAAUGGCAAAUCUCGUUCCAAGAGAUCGGAGGAGAGAGAAGCUGGCGAGAUCUGAACUCAAAUGAUCUGUAUUGCACUGUAAAUAAUCUGAUAAACAUUCUACAAAGCCUAAAUUUCCCAUUUAUAUUUACUGAACACAACUCAUCUUUUGUAGUUUUGAAUUUUUAUUAUUUGGCAGAUAGCUGUGAGUUUGUAGAGAUACAGAGUUACUUACUGUUUACCAGGAUUUUGUUUUAGUAGGAAUAAAUAAAUCGAUGAAUUGACUUCAACCCAGGUCAGUGAUUUACAUACGUGUUGAUUGGCAUGACCCAAGGAAUGCAGCAGUUAGAGCUAGUGCUGUGGUUGGAAACGUAACCUGCUGCAUCAUUUGUAACACUUAUACCCUUUUGGAAUGUUCACUUGUCCCUUCACGCAAUUGGAGUUUGAGAUCAUCAGUAGCACUGGUGCUACCUCAAUUCACAUUUUUCCUUUGGUUUGUGCACAUUCAGAGGAAUGUAAGGUUUUUCUGACUUUUUUUUAAGUGCUUAGUAACUCAUUUUGUGUUCCAAUGUUUGAGAAACAUCUUGGUAUUCCAGCUAAUUUAGGACAAACAAAACUAGCCCCUAAUUUCCCUCUUAAACAACUCCAUUUCAUCUUCAUGAUGAUGACCAAAGUACCUGGGGCACAAUACCGAGAUACGCCUGGGCCUAUCCCUAGUAAUAUUUACACAUACCUACUAUAAAAAUCCUGUGUUCAAGUGAAACACAAUAUCUGGAUUGAUCUCUGUAACCGAGUUCAGUCAUGCUUAAUGGAGGUAGCCUUCCAAUCAGGGUGGAGCAGAAUUGUACUUUGUACAUGUGAUCGGCACCUUGAGGUGUGGUCUCUUAAGACAGGAGGUUGCCUAAUAAGGGUGGGCCCUUGGCCUGGUUUCUGUGUAUAUGAAUUUACAUUGAACUGACUUAUCUCAUCGGUGCUUACAACUGAGGUGAAAGGAACUUGGGCUAUAACACAGUGUGGGAAGAAUCAAAUAUCUGUAACUAAAUGUAUUUUAAAAUUAGGGAGGAAAAACUUCCUCUGAGUUCGCUGUGCCAGCCACAGUGGUGAUCACAAGGAUUGUGUUAUUGUGAGACUUCCCACAGAAUAACUUAGCUGAAGCAGUUAGUAUGUGCAGAAACAUGAACUAAAGUAAUGUAACUCCAGCGACUGUUGUCCAGUUUUGACUUCUCAGGCUACUCAUUAAUUAGGCAGGUGUCUGAAAUUAACACGGUUAAAUCUUAACAUUUUCCCGUAGUGGAAACUUAAGGUAUUUGUAAAUACUAUUGCAUUAGUGUGGCCAGCGUGUUGGGGUUUUCCAGCCAUUUUUUUCCUUGCUGAGCCUCUGAUAAUUCACUUAACUCUUCAAUUUCCUUUAAUUUGGGGGGGUGUGGGUUUUUUUUUUUUUUUUUUUUUUUUUUUUUGCAGAGGUGCAGGAGUUGUCCUUGGUGUGUUAGUCUUCUAGAUGCAUGUUUAGGUAUUGGGGGAAUCUAGUUCCUUUUUGUUUUACAACUAAUAUUGCAUUUUAAUUAUUGUUUUGUAAUCUCUGUGUAUUGCAGUUGGUGAGCUCCUGCUUUUCAGGGCUCUUAUUUACAAGGUCAUCAUUAGAAUAAAUUUAACCUGUGAUGAGGGAACAUCACACAGGUUGGCAGUUGAUUGAUAUGCUGGGCUCAACUCUUAUCUUCAGUUACACCUGCAGCUCCUGUUGAAGCCAAUGGAAGGGGUGUACAUGUUGCUGAGAGCAGGGCCUGGCCCGGCCCAGCAUAUUUCCUUUCUAGGAACACAAAGGAUCUAAUAAAUAAAACUCUAAAGCUGAUCACACAAGUGUAAUGGAGUGUUAGAAAGGGAACCCACCAUGCAUUGAUUUGUUGUAUGUUGCGGUUUAUCAUGUUGGAGCAUUUUGUUCUUUAUAGCACCUUUGCUUAUGAGGAGUUUUGGUCUAAGUAUAAAAAUGUAAGUAAAAUAAGCUGUUCUCUUGCCAGUCUUACUCACAUUAAAGAUUUAUGUUUGUGGCUUGGA